CUCCCCGCCCCUCGUCCGCCGGGUCUGCAAACGGCACCGCCGAAACGGCAGCGCGGCCGUCGCCUCGCCCGCAUCUCUCGCUCGCGCGCCAGCCCGCGGCGACGAAGACCGGACGGUGGCGGGAGUGACAAGUGAGGAAACUCUCCCGGGGGAGGCACUCCUCUUAGUCCACACGCGAGUCGCCAAUACAAGGCAGCGUUUUAAAGCCGGUGGCGAGUGGCGACGACCCGUAGCUAGCAAUUAAACCAGCAGGCGUUCCGUUUCGUUCUCUUCCCUUCCCCUCUUUCCUUUGGCCGUCGAUACAUCUCUCUCCCCUCCCCUCGGCGGCCAUUAAUUGGACGGGAUAUCGAUUUCUCCCUCCCUCCGCGGACGAUCUAGCUCUAGCGAGAGAUAAGUGUUGUGUCUGCGUUGAGAGGGAGAGGCAGGGAGAAAGGCGGCCAUGACCACCGGCGGGAACGGGGAGGAGCAGCAGGGGCGGAGGCUGUUCGGCGUCUCGCUCACGGACAGGCCCGUGUGGCAGCAGUUCCUCAUCUGCUCCUCCGGCUUCUUCUUCGGCUACCUCGUCAAUGGCAUCUGCGAGGAAUACGUCUACAACCGGCUCCAGUUCAGCUAUGGGUGGUACUUCACGUUCGUGCAGGGCUUCGUGUACCUGGGGCUGAUCCGGCUGCAGGGGUUCACGGUGAAGCACAUGGUGAACCCGUGGCGGACCUACGUGCGCCUCUCCGCCGUGCUCAUGGGAUCCAACGGCCUCACCAAGGGCUCCCUCGCCUUCCUCAACUACCCCGCCCAGAUCAUGUUCAAGUCCACCAAGGUGUUGCCGGUGAUGAUAAUGGGAGCAUUUAUCCCAGGAUUAAGACGCAAGUACCCGUUCCAUGAGUACGUGUCAGCGGUGAUGCUCGUCAUCGGCCUCAUACUUUUCACGCUCGCGGACGCGCAAACGUCGCCUAAUUUCAGCAUGAUCGGUGUGGCCAUGGUGUCCAGUGCACUCAUCAUGGAUGCCUUCCUUGGUAACCUGCAGGAAGCCAUCUUCAAGAUGAACCCAGACACCACACAGAUGGAGAUGCUGUUCUGCUCAACUGUUGUUGGCCUGCCUUUCCUCGCUGUGCCAAUGGUGUUAACAGGGGAGCUUACGACGGCGUGGAGUGCGUGUUCUCAGCACUUGUACGUGUACGCCGUGUUGGUUUUCGAGGCGAUGGCGACGUUCGUCGGGCAGGUGUCUGUGCUGUCCCUCAUCGCGCUCUUCGGGGCCGCGACGACGGCCAUGGUAACGACGGCGAGGAAGGCGGUGACCCUGCUCCUGUCGUACCUGAUAUUCACAAAGCCCAUGACGGAGCAGCACGUCACGGGGCUCCUGCUGAUCACCAUGGGGAUCGUGCUGAGGCUCCUGCCGGAGGACAAGGAGAAGAAAGGCAUGGCCGAGCGCCAGCAGGCGAAGGCGCAGCGCGGCGAGGAGAAGCGGCGGGGAGACGGAGUAGAGGAGGAGACAUCGCCCUUGGAUCUACGAUAUGUUCCCGCAAAAAUAAGGACCUACGAUAUGCUUCUCCCCCAAUCUUCAAGUUAUUUCUCGCGAAUCCGUGCUCUUACAUCCUUCUAUUGGACUGAAAAUUAUUUCCAUGCUAAGCCCAAGGAUGGCAUUGAAGGGGGGACGCCCUACACCACAUACGUCGUCGCAUACAACCUUGGAGACUCCAUCAACAACAUGAACGACCUCCAUUCUCGAAAAAAAAACAUGAACGACCUCGCCAACUCUCUCUCAGGCAACACCGAGUACAUGGCAUCCCACAAUGAGUUCUCGAGUUUGGGCGUGCAAAAUCCCAAGCUUGGGGAGGUUGUCUUCACGUUUAUAUCAAGAUGUGGAAGCAUUUAUUUGAAUAAGUUGUAA